AUUGCCCGACAGUAGAUGCAAAAGUUGUUAUACGCAUUUUUCAGUUAUUGCUCAGUGCUCGGGUCGGUUCUGUGCGCGCGCUACAACUAUUUUAUAUAGUUACAUGUUUUUUUUGUGCGUGCUUCAUUUAAUAUAUUUUUGUGAAUGACCAGCUGUUGAGGGUGCCGUUACAUUGACUAAAAUACACAAUCAUUAGACGAGGGGAACUGGUACGAAAGUUAACAAAUGUGAUGAUUGCCAAAAUCGGCAACUGUGAUAAAAUGUCCAAAUCAAAUACAUAAAACUAGUUGUGUGACGCAUUCGUGUCUGUGGCAGCUCCCUCACUGCGGGGGGCGGGACUGCGGCGUGAAGGGCAACGGAAUAAUAGCGAACCGAUUACCAAAACAAAAUAUAAAUAUUUUAUUAGACGGCGGCUGCCAUCAGCUGCAUAAUAAUUCUCAGCCAAAUGAUGUAUGAAUGAAUAGUGCAUUGGUCGAUACGGAAAGGGGAGGAGCAGUAAUGACCUAAAGCCAAGGAACACCACUAGGCGCUCGUUGAAAAAAAAAGUUGGAAGGCAAUACAGCAAAACCAUUAUACCUAGACCUGUUCAGUAAAAAUCUCACAAGCGUCCAAUUAAGUUUCAUUCUACCAGCCCAAGCUGCGUAUGAGUAAUGUAGCCUACAUCCAUAUAAAUAUAUAUAUAGAUAUAUGUACGUGUUUGUAUGUAUGGAAUAUGUAUCUGUAUGUAUGCACGAAAGUACUUUUUUCGCCACUGCUACCUAACAAUGGCCACUCGGCAAAUGUCAACGCCACCAAACGAGUUGGCAUUCGAGCCACAGACGACUGGCGACUGACGAGGGACGCUACUACUGCUGUCUAAUAAAAAGCCACUAGUUGCUACAAACUAAGCGAGCCGGAGGCGUUGAGCGCUAAUAUUCCGAUCGACGACGACUCACACAACCACGACCAUAAGCUACUACGUCAAUUAGUUGAAUCAGCUGACUGAAGGAGUACUGGCGUGGCCUGUUUAAGUGCCUUGAUAUAGACGAUAGACCAGAUAUGCCGGUACAUAUUGUUGCUGCUGAUACCUAAGACUGCAACGAAAGGGAAACCGAUACGCCUAUCAAAAGCCGCACAACCAACCGACCAACCAACUGAAGUCGUCAACACAAUGGCUAAGGUUAGCAAUUGGGACAAAUUUGUGUUACUGCUCUGGAAAAAUUGGACGCUGCAAUGGAACCACAAGUGGCAGUUGAUCAUCGAACUGCUGUUGCCGGUGGUGUUCUCGCUGCUGUUGGUGCUGGUUCGAGCGUUGGUGGCCGCGGAGCCCAUCACAACAGAGACCCAUUACCGACCACUAAAGAUAGACACGCUAGAACUAUACCAAGAUGCAAUGCUAGGUUCGCGUCGCAUGCACGCCCUCAUAUCGCUGCUAAUGUCCAAGAAGAAGAAGAGCGAAACCAUGGCACAUCAGGGCAUACUCACUGGUCCGACUUUUGAGCUAUACUACUCUCCCAAGAAACCAUGGCUAGACAGUAUACUAGAAGAAACAAUACAGACCCUGAACAUGACAGGCUAUACGGGUUUCGACAAUGCUGCCGAACUGGAGAAUGCAUUGGUGGGCCAAAAUGUCUUUGCCGGCAUACAGUUUGACGACGAUUGGGCCAAUUUGGACGAGCUGCCGAAAAAAUUCCACUACGCAAUCCGAUUUCCCGCUGAGUCGCGUACCGCAUCCUAUAACAUUGGCUUGACUUGGCUGACGAUGCGUCUAUUUCCCAUUAUUGAUCUGACGGGUCCGCGAAAUCCCAGCUCCGACGAUGGGGGCCUGCCAGUUGGCUAUUUACGCGAGGGCUUUCUGCCCGUACAGCAUGCUCUGACCAUGGCCUAUCUACGUCAGAUGUCUGGAAAUGCAACACUGCCGGAGGUGGUCAUGCAACGUUAUCCGUAUCCGCAAUACAUUUCCGAUCCGCUGCUCGAGGGCUUGGCCUCAAUUAUGUCGCUGAUCAUACUGCUUAGCUUCAUCUACCCCUGCACAUACAUAACGAAGUACAUAACAGGCGAGAAAGAGAAACAGUUGAAGGAAGUCAUGAAGAUCAUGGGCCUGAACAAUUGGAUACAUUGGACAGCUUGGUUCGUCAAGUCGUUCAUCAUGCUAACAAUUUCGGCCGUAUUGAUAGCCUUAUUCCUAAAGAUACAAUGGACCGAAAAGGUGUCUGUGCUAACAUAUGCUGAUUUUUCAGUGCUGGUCGUAUUCCUGAUAGUCUACGUUAUUACGAGCAUAUGCUUUUGCUUCAUGUUGGCUACGUUCUUUUCAAAAGCAAGCACGGCUGCCGCUGUUACGGGCCUUCUGUGGUUCAUCGCGUAUAUACCGUUCUCGUUUACGGUCAAUACCUACGACGAUCUGUCGCUAGGAACAAAGCUUGGCUGGAGUCUGAUAUCGAACACCGCCAUGGGCUUUGGAGUCAAACUUAUCCUCGGAUUUGAGGGCACCGGAGAGGGUCUGCAGUGGAGCAACCUCUUCACACCCGUAUCCAUAGACGACACACUGACCGUGGGCGCCAUUAUGCUAAUGAUGCUUCUAUCCUGCUUCAUUUACAUGCUGGUUUGCUUGUACGUCGAACAAAUUUUGCCGGGCGAAUUCGGUGUACCCAAAAAGUGGAACUUUCCUUUCACCAGAAAGUUCUGGUGCGGUGAUAUUGACUACGCCGGAGUUGAGGACAUCCCGAACGGCCACAUUGAAAACCGUAACCCCGACGCUUUCGAGGUGGAGCCAGAGGACAAGCAUAUUGGCUUGCAGGUUCGCAAUCUGAAAAAAACGUUUGGAAAGAAAACGGCCGUCAAAGGACUAUCAGUAAAUAUGUAUGAAGAUGAAAUUACCGUGCUCUUGGGACACAAUGGUGCUGGAAAGACCACGACCAUCUCCAUGCUUACCGGCAUGUUCCCUCCAACCAUGGGCACGGCCAUCAUCAACGGCAGUGACAUUAGAACGAAUAUUGAGGGCGCUCGGAUGUCGCUCGGAAUUUGUCCGCAGCACAAUGUGCUCUUUGACGAGAUGAGCGUAUCCAAUCAUAUCCGCUUCUUCAGUCGCAUGAAGGGAUUAAGUGGCAAGGCUGUCGAACAGGAGGUAGCUAAGUAUUUAAAGAUGAUCGAACUGGAGGACAAGGCGAACGUGGCUUCGUCGAAGCUCUCGGGUGGCAUGAAGAGAAAACUGUCCGUAUGCUGUGCCCUCUGCGGUGAUACAAAAGUUGUGCUCUGCGACGAGCCGAGCUCCGGCAUGGAUCCCUCGGCACGUCGUCAGCUAUGGGACCUCCUGCAGCAGGAGAAGAUAGGGCGAACACUUCUGUUGACGACUCAUUUCAUGGAUGAGGCCGAUGUUUUGGGCGAUCGCAUCGCUAUCAUGUGUGACGGAGAGCUGAAGUGCCACGGCACAUCGUUCUUCCUGAAGAAGAAGUACGGUUCGGGCUAUCGUUUGAUUUGUGUGAAACGUGAGAACUGUCAGCCAUCCGAAGUGACGGAAUUGCUGAACAGAUACAUACCUGGCCUGGUGCCCGAGUGCGAUAUCGGAGCGGAGCUUUCCUACCAGCUGCCUGACAGCUAUUCGUCCAAAUUCGAAGAGAUGUUUGCUGCCCUUGAAGAGAACUCAGACGCUCUUUUCCUCAACGGUUAUGGCGUCGGCAUUACAUCCAUGGAGGAGGUGUUCAUGAAGGUGGGCGCUGAAAAGGGUAGCGACGGUAAGGUUAAGGACCAGAACGCUAUCAUGAAUGGAGGCACUGGAUACGCCGAGGAGGACGUUGAGUCCGUUCAGUCGGAUGGCAUGUUUGCGGACAGUCGGCGUUUGCUCAAGGGUUCCCAGCUAUUCGUUAAUCAAUGGCGCGCGAUGCUCCUGAAGAAGCUGCUCUACACAUACCGAAACAAAUUGCUACUUCUCAUACAAAACAUGAUGCCCAUCUUCUUUGUCGUGGUCACCAUAUUAAUCACACGCACCCAAGGCACUUUCCGGGAACUGCCGUCCAUGACUAUGAGCUUGACACAGUACCCUGUCGCAGUAACGGUACUGGAGCGUGGGGCCAACGUAACGGCCAGCUCAGUCGAGGAAAAGAUGGUGGAGGAGUACCAGAAGUUAGCCGAAUCCUACGGUCCGGAUUACACAUUCGCGUCAACCGGUAGCGGAAACUUCUCCGAUUAUAUUCUUAAGCUAGGCGAGGCCAUACAGGUGCGCAUUAACGCGCGGUACCUGGCCUCGGCGACAAUAUAUGCCGGCAAAAUAGUAGCUUGGCUGAACAAUCAGCCGAUGCACACGGCCCCACUGACCGUCAACCUGGUGCACAAUGCCAUCGCACGUGUGUUAAUCGGUAACGAUAGCGAGAUACGGGUAACUAACGCACCCCUGCCGUAUACGACAAACACGCUACUUACUCAGCUCAAUACGGGCAACAAUCUGGGCACACAACUGGCCACGAACCUGUGCUUCUGUAUGUGCUUUGUCAGCGCCUUCUACAUCCUGUUCCUGAUCAAGGAGCGCGAGUCCCGCUCCAAGCUCCUCCAGUUCGUCGGUGGUGUCAAAGUAUGGACCUUCUGGCUGUCGCAACUGCUCUGGGAUUUUUUCACGUACACGAUCACAGCGCUGAUCGUUAUUGUGACUAUAGCCUGCUUCCAGGAAGAUGGCUUUACGAAAUUCUCCGAACUGGGUCGUUAUUUCUUACUUUUGUUAAUUUUCGGCUGCUCUGUUCUACCAUUCACCUACAUAGUGUCGCUGUACUUUAAAGAACCGGCUACUGGCUUCGCCCGCAUCUCCAUCAUUAACAUAUUCGCGGGCAUGGCCCUCUUUAUUGUAGUUGUUGUGAUGUCGUUUGAGUUCUUUGAUACCAAGGACACAGCCAAUAUAAUGGGCUGGUUUUUCCGCGUUUUCCCACACUUCUCUCUGGCAAUGGGACUUAACAAAAUGUACAUAAAUGUGGCUAUGCGCAAUGCCUGCGACAAGGUUGAUGCCUUGCCGCCGAUCCUGAGGUGUGAGCUAAUACCCAAAUGCUGCAAUAUGAAGGACUAUUUCGCUUGGGAGGAGCCCGGCGUGCUUCCCGAAACCCUUUACAUGGCAGUCACUGCGGUUGUCUUCUUCUUGAUACUCGUGCUUCGAGAAUUCGGUCUAGUCAAUGAGCUUAUCUAUAUGGUGCGCAAACGCACUUUCAAACCGCCGCCACCUCCUGAGAAUGGUUACUUCGAUGACGAUGUUGAGCGUGAACGCCAACGAAUCUUGAACAUGACUUCGGCGGAGCUGACUAGCAAGAAUCUGGUAUUGGACCGUGUAACCAAGUACUACGGAAAGUUCUUGGCUGUCAAUCAAGUGUCGUUGUGCGUGCAAAACGCCGAGUGUUUUGGACUUUUGGGUGUUAACGGAGCUGGAAAGACGACCACGUUUAAAAUGAUGACUGGAGAUGAGCGCAUCACCUCGGGAUCCGCCUACGUUCAGGGACUCAGUCUGGAGUCGGACAUGAAUAGCAUUUAUAAGGAAAUUGGCUACUGUCCGCAAUUUGAUGCGCUACUCGACGAUCUUACUGGCCGCGAGAUACUGAAGAUUUUCUGCCUUCUCCGUGGCGUACAGCCGGCUCGGAUUAAUCAGCUUUCUGAGGAUUUGGCCAAGUCUUUUGGUUUCAUGAAACAUAUUGACAAGGAGACGCGUGCCUACAGUGGAGGCAACAAACGAAAGCUGAGCACAGCCAUUGCCGUUAUCGGCAGUCCGUCGGUUAUCUACCUGGACGAGCCCACCACGGGCAUGGAUCCGGCAGCACGUCGACAACUGUGGAACAUGGUCUGUCGUAUUCGCGACUCGGGUAAAUCAAUUGUCCUAACCUCGCACAGCAUGGAGGAGUGCGAGGCACUCUGUACGCGCUUGGCCAUCAUGGUCAAUGGCGAAUUUAAGUGCAUUGGCUCGACCCAGCACCUAAAGAACAAAUUCUCCAAGGGUCUCAUACUAAAGAUCAAGGUCCGACGCAACAUGGAUUCCCGAAAACUGUCUCGUACCAACAGCAUUACACGCCAUGGUGAUGAACCCACAGUACCUAUGCAAAUUGCCCAGCAGGACAUUAAUAAUGUCAAGGAGUUUGUCGAGCGUGAAUUUCCGCAAUCCAUAUUACAAGAGGAGUACCAAGGAAUCCUCACGUUUUACAUUCCAUUGUCUGGCAUUAAAUGGUCGGAAAUCUUUGGUCUCAUGGAGCACAAGCGGGAGGAGCUUAACAUCGAGGAUUACUCAAUAAGUCAGACCACGUUGGAGGAGAUAUUCUUGGACUUUGCCAAGUACCAGCGCGAGGAUCCGCGUUCCUUGAACGUAGUCAAGGCAAGGAAACUUUGCAGCUGCAGUUGCCUAUUAAAUUAAGCGGCUGUCACCACCGGACCGGGCCGGACCGCAUCAGGCCGGACCACCCCAACUAGUCAAAUAAAGGCGACAAUUAAAAAAAAACCAACAAACAAACGGACCUGGACGGCGUACCUGAAACGGCGAGCACAAAACUUCACCAACAAUUGACGUUAAAUGUUAUUUUAAAAAAGGAAAGUGAUGUUGAAUCAAUUUUAAAUUAGUUACACUUAUAAACAAUUAGUUCUACCUUGUUGCCUUGUGAUUUAUUAGAGAAAUUAAUACCUAAUGUAAAUCUAUGCUAUAUAUGUAUGUAUGUAGUUAUGCAUAGUAACGCACACACGUACAUUAUGUACAAACAUUUAGGCGUAUAUCGUCUAAGCACAUAAGUUCCAACGCUAUACGAGUACACAAAGCAGGGCUAUGCUCCAAAAAUGUAUAUGUAAUUAUUUUUAUAACUAUUUAAAAUCACAAACAAAACAGAGCCGAUGUGUAGUCGUACUUAAAUACGAGGUAUUCCUACUUUUGCACUCCGCGCCAUCGGCCUCUACAAAUGUAAAUUAAAUGUAAAACAGUCGAGUUCAACCAAAGUAUGUAAAUAGGAGCAACAAAUAUAUAUUCAAUAACAUUUUCAAAAUGAUUGUUAUCAACGAAAAAGAAAACAA